GCAAGCGAGCGAGAGAGAGAGAGAGAGAGAGAGAGAGAGAGAGAGAGAUCGUCUUGAUUUCGUACCGUCUGCUGUGGUGGGAUCGGUUGUCCGGAUCAGCCCGCGGAGAGGACCCCAGGGAUCGAUUUCGAUGGAUUGCUGAGGAACUCCGCCUUCAGUGGGGCGAGGAGAAUCCGGUCCGGAGUCGAUGGGAAGCUGCCUGUCUCAGGAUGAACAGAGCAAUGCUGCUGGAUUGCCACAACAGGCAGAUCAGCAGAAAGAUCCAUGUCAACCGAAUGUAGUAAGCCUACUGCCCCUUCCCAAAGAUGUUGAAGAUUUGCGGCUCACAGUUGGAUACGGAAAUGUCUACAUAUUCACAUAUAGUGAGUUAAGUGCAGCUACCAAGAAUUUCCGUGCAGAUCAAGUUCUUGGAGAGGGGGGUUUUGGAAUUGUGUAUAAAGGUAUUAUAGAUGAGAAUGUGAGGCCAGGCUUCGAGUCCACCCAAGUGGCAGUGAAGAAGUUGAAUCCAGAAGGCGUGCAGGGGGACAAGGAAUGGCUGGCAGAAGUCAAUUAUCUCGGGCAAUUAAGUCAUCCAAAUCUUGUUAAACUCAUUGGAUACUGCUGUGAAGAUGAUCACAGGCUGCUGGUUUAUGAGUAUAUGGCUUGCGGCAGUCUUGAAAAGCACCUUUUCCGACGGGUUUGCCUAACAAUGCAAUGGUCCACUCGGAUGAAGAUAGCUCUGGGUGCUGCAAAUGGACUUGCCUUUCUUCAUGGAGCUGAAAGACCCAUAAUUUAUAGGGAUUUUAAGACAUCAAACAUUUUGCUAGAUUCGGCCUAUAAUCCUAAGCUUUCGGACUUUGGCCUUGCAAAGGAGGGACCCAUUGGAGACCAAACGCAUGUUUCCACUCGAGUCGUGGGUACACAAGGAUAUGCAGCUCCUGAGUACAUUAUGACCGGCCACUUGACGGCGAGGAGCGAUGUCUAUGGCUUCGGCGUCGUCCUCCUGGAGAUUCUUACGGGGAAGAAGGCAGUGGACAAGAGCAGGCCGGCUCGGGAACAGAACCUGGUCGACUGGGCUCGCCCCCUCCUGCCACACAGCAGGAAGCUCCCCAAGAUAAUGGACCCACGAAUCGAAGGGCAGUACUCGAGCACGGUGGCGGCGGAGGUGGCCGGGCUGGCGCUCCGCUGCCUCAGCCAGAACCCUAAAGGGAGACCCACCAUGAACCAGGUGGUCGACACCCUAGAGAGCGUUCAAGACCCGCACGGCAGCAGGGAGGAGGUGCUGCUUCUCUUCGAAGCCCCCAAAGCGAGCAGCAGCGACAGCUCCUCGGCCAAGAAGGGGGAGGAAAGCCGGAGACGAAGCAAGCAGGGAAAGGGGCGGAGCAAAAGCGAGCCCCCCGCGGGCUUCAACGUCUCCAGCUGCUCGCCGGAUGCCGAUGGUCAGUCUCAUCAACGCAUGGAAUCGGCAGGUCCACCUGUUGAUUGAGUGCGCAUGGCGCUUUCUUUCCCUUUGGUUUAUGGACUUGAUGGUAGCAAUUUCCAGUCUAUUUGUAAUUGGUGUUCUUGACCCCUAAACACUCAUUAUAGAUGUAAUUAAAGGUGACAUCAUCUUUUUGCUUGCUAUUGAUGUCGCUCGUCGUCAAUA